AUGUCUUCACCUAUUUCCUCCUACGUCUUCGACGAUCAAAACAUGACCUGGAUCACCUGUGAUCUAUGCGCAGGCUCUUUUCAGCGUGGAGCUGAUGGGACAUGUCAGGGGUGUUAUGGGACCAAACUCCGCAGAGUAUCAUAUACCUAUCUCGCUACAGGAGCAACACCCUCUCGAGUACAAGGAGGCACUGCUCCACCACCACCUCCUUCUUCAAAGGAUGACAAACCUGAUCACUCACGCGGAGGCUCAGGUGGUUUCAGCGUCUAUACUCGUCGCGCCUAA